GCGGCGGCGAGUCCGGCGAGGUGAAGCACAGUGGAGGAGGAACUGGGAAACAGAGCUGAGAGCAGGUCUGUGUUUUUCCGAUUCAUAUGAGCGCAGAGCCUCCAGCGUGAAGAAUGCGGACAGGACUGGGAACACUACUGCUUUUACACGUUUUCCUCAUGGAGACUUUCUAUUCUAAAGGGAGUGAGACAGCGUGUGAAACGGGACAGUUCCGGUGUAGUAACGGCAGGUGUAUUCCCACCCCGUGGCGAUGCGACGACGACGACGACUGCGCCGACAACAGCGACGAAGAACAUUGUCUGAAGACCACAUGCUCUGUAGCAGACUUUACCUGUACAAACGGACAAUGUGUGCCAGCUCGCUGGAAAUGCGACGGAGAACCCGAAUGUCUGGACGGAUCUGACGAGGCUGAAUCUACGUGCAGUCGGCAAACUUGUCCGGUGGAGAAGUUCGACUGUGGAGGCAACACAAACAAAUGUGUGUCUCUGUCCUGGCGCUGUGACGGAGAGAUGGAUUGUGCAAACGGAGCGGAUGAGGAACACUGUGCUGCCGAUGCGAAGGUUUGUCCGCCGAAAGAGUUCCAAUGCCGGAACGGCUUGUGCGUGGCCCCCAGCUUUAUAUGCGAUGGUGACGAUGACUGCGGCGACAACAGCGAUGAAGAGAAGUGCACAUCAAGCACAGCCAGCACAUGCAGCCCUCGGGAGUUCCGCUGCAACAACUCCGAGUGUAUCCCGGCUCUGUGGAGCUGCGAUGGUGACCCUGACUGCAGAGAUAAAUCAGACGAGUUGCCGGAGCGCUGUCACAGCAGGAACGAGCCACAGAAGCCAGGCUGCCCGGCUGGAGAGUUCCAGUGUGGUAGCGGAGAGUGCGUCCAUCUCAACUGGAAAUGUGACGGCGACCCAGACUGCAAGGACAAGUCCGACGAGACAAACUGUCCUCUCCUUACCUGCAGGCCGGAUCAGUUUCAGUGUGGCGAUGGCUCCUGCAUUCACGGCAUUAAGCAGUGUAACCGUGUACAUGACUGUCCGGACUUCAGUGACGAAGCAGGCUGUAUCAACAAGACUACUAAAUGUGAAGGGCCACUGAAGUUCCUGUGUAAUAACGGGGAGUGUAUCGACAGCAGCAGGGUGUGUGACAACAUCAAGGACUGUAAGGACUGGUCAGAUGAACCCAUGAAGCAGUGUGGCCUCAAUGAAUGUGCCAAUAACAAUGGUGGCUGCUCUCACAUAUGCAGGGACCGACGGAUAGGCUACGAAUGUGAUUGUCCCUCAGGUUACAUGCUGCUGGAUCAGAGGACUUGUGGAGACAUAGACGAAUGUGAGAACCCAAACACGUGCAGUCAAAUUUGCAUCAACUACAAAGGUGACUACAAGUGUGAAUGCUACGAGGGCUAUGAUAUGGAUCCAGUGUCCAAGACGUGCAAGGCUGUGGGUAAAAGUCCAUACCUGAUGUUCACCAACCGACACGAGAUCCGACGGCUUGACCUGGUGAGGAGGGACUACACGCAAGUGGCACCCACACUGAAAAACGCUGUGGCAUUAGACGUGGAUGUCACCACAAACAAGAUGUACUGGUGUGACCUUUUCCAUCGCAAAAUCUUUAGCGCAUAUAUCAACAAAGCCAGUAACUCAUCUGAGCAGAUCACGCUCAUCGAUUCAGCACUACAUUCCCCAGAAGGCAUAGCUGUCGAUUGGGUCCACAAUAACAUCUACUGGACUGAUUCUGGACACAAAACCGUCUCUGUUGCCACUACUGAUGGCAAAAAAAGGAAAGUGUUGGUUGACAGCGAGCUGAGUGAACCACGGGCGAUUGCGCUUGACCCCAGACAAGGGUUCAUGUACUGGUCAGACUGGGGGAUUCAGGCUAAAAUUGAAAAAGCUGGUCUGAACGGUGUGGACCGGCAGGUGCUGGUCUCGGAGCGAAUCGAAUGGCCUAAUGGGAUCACUUUAGAUUUGUCCAGCAGACGUCUGUACUGGGUAGACUCCAAACUGCACGUCAUCUCCAGCGUGGACCUGAACGGAGAUAAUCGUAGGGUUCUGCUCUCGUCUACUGAGCACCUGGGCCAUCCGUUCGCCCUCACGCUGUUUGAGGACCGAGUAUAUUGGUCAGAUCUGGAGGACGAGGCUAUCUACAGUGUGAACCGGCUAACAGGCCACGAUAUCUCCAUGCUGGCACAGCACCUGGACAGCCCACUAGACGUGGUGGUGUUCCAUGAGCUCAGGCAACCCAAAGCUCCAGACAGCUGUAAUAUGGGGAGUUUGCCCAACGGUGGUUGUGAGUACCUGUGUCUGAGAGCUCCACAGAUCACAGAGCACUCACCCAAAUACACCUGCGCCUGUCCUGAUGACGCAGAGCUCGGCCCAGACAUGCGCCGCUGUGUCGCAGUACCAAAACCCAAGACUACAACAACUACACCUUCUACAACUACGAAAACAGAACCUUCUACACCUUCCACACCUCCAUCAACCACUUCAACUUCGACAGCUAGCACCAGUACAACAUCAUCUAGUCCAAGUCCAAGUGCAACGACUGCUUCAAGCACGAAUGCCCCGCCUACAACACACAGCACUACAGCUUUAUUGCCAUUAACCACACCACCUUCCAUCACUGUGUAUUCCACCACUCCAUCACCAUCCUCCACGACACGCAGCACUGAGAGCAGCAGCACACCACCAUCGCAACGUCCCAGCUUUGCACAGAACGCAACAGGGAGCAGUCAAACACCAAGAUCUACUACUGUCUCUCAAAAAGACGGACCAAACAGUGGGGACAGCAACCUCUCACACCGUGCUUCAGGUGGUCACUUCCUCCUCGGGAACAACAUCACGGUGGCAGUUCUGGGUGUCGUCAUCCCUAUAGUUCCUAUCCUUGCCACAGUGGUCCUCACGCUGGCGUGCACCGGAGGCUACCUGGUCUGGCGCAACUGGAGGCGGCGCAACACCAAGAGCAUGAAUUUCGACAACCCGGUGUACCGCAAGACCACCGAGGAAGACGACGACGAGAUCCACAUUGGCCACAGCGAACAGAUCGGCCACAUCUACCCAGCCCGCGUGGCACUCAGUGUGGAGGAUGACGGAUUACCCUGAGGUUGUUUUCUCCUCCCCUCCCUAACUCCAUCCCUGUGUCUAUCCAUCCACUUGUUUGGGUCCCUUGGUCUGGUGGGGAGACUGCAGUACUGCACAGCAAGGCCCAAAGAGAACAGGACACUCAAACACACACACACACACACACACACACACUCUCACUCUUUUUGGUGUUAGUGCUAUGUGACACACAGAUUUGUCCUUUAGACGCUGUGCAGCUCCUUGCACAGAUUAGAGACUAACACUAACCUAUAUGUGGUCUAGCUCAAGUCUUUAUUACUGCAGCUCCAGCAGAAACACUAGCAAUCAUUCCCAUAUAAUCAUCACUAAUUUUAUAGAACUCUGCUUCAUUAUGUGUACUGAGUGCUUUUAUUGCUGGUGUAAACUUGCAAAGUGUGUGUGUGUGUGUGUGUGGACAGGGAUACAGGGGUGACUGGGACUAAUCUGCUUUGUUAGCACUAGACCAUUUAAAGAUGAACACAUUUUGUUGAGUUGGAAAGCAAACAAUUUCUACACACACUGUACAUUUCUGAUGCACUACAGUAUGUGAUGCCUUGUCCCCUAUAUAAGAAUAAGAAAGGAAUUAGGAAACUAGGCAUAAAGUUGCAGUCUUUUAGCACCGUGUCAGUGCAGUCAGUCUUUUAGCACCGUGUCAGCUGUAUUUAGACGUCUUCCUUACAUAAUGGAUUCAGAGUUUAAAGGAUAUGAGGAUUUUAGGAUUUUAGGAAAUUGUACACGUCUUCAUAAUCCACAACCACAGGGCUUCCACGACCCAAAGCCUGUCGCUCCUGAGCUCUUCCCAGUCUCACGGUCACUGAGUUUUAUUCGGCUCAACACUUUAGCUCACGCUCUAAGAUCAGUUAGUGUUCCUUGUCACUGGAAUGGUUUCCUCAACGGCACGGUCGUGGGAAGAGGUCUUACAUGUGAGGAGUGUUGGAAUUUCAUUCAGAAUUCAAAUUGCUGUUGUAUAAAAAGGAUUAGAUAACUCUUAGUUCUGGUCCAUUCAUUUUAUUACGCCAGUGAUGUACCAUGAGUGCUUAUAUACUGUAUCACUCUUCUCGUCUGAGUUCACCACAUAAAAUUCUACUUCCUACUUCGAAACAGUUCCUACUAAAGUUAGUGACAUCGUCAGCUGACAUGGCAAAUGGUACAUAUUAUGAAUAUUAUGAAUGUAACUUUUGACUUGAAAAUGUAAAAAGCUCGUCAGAUGAAGACCUUUAACGCUUUAACGAGAAAGCAGAAAUAAUGUGAACUGGCUAGCGGCUAACCAACAGGCUAUAAAACGAAGGUGGCUUCUUCUACUUCUACUUCUAUCUUUUUUUAGGCUUUUAUUUCUACUUAGAGGAGCAAAAAUACCCAGAACAUUUCCUUUGUUUUAGUGUUUGUGCAACGUUCUCAGACCAUCACUUAUACAUCCUUGUUCGUGUAGACGCCUUAUGUACCUUGUAGUAUAUUUCUAUACACUUCCUGUGUCUUUCAAUUGGAAAUAUGAGUUUAGUCAUUUAAGAUGGAUAAAUGGAGUGUAAAUUGUUUUUAGGCUAAAGUGUUAAAAGGACAGUCUGCGUACCUUUAAAAAUACAGGCCUAAAUACUACAUCCUUGAAGAUCCCACCACAGUGACAAGAAAAGGCUUUUUCGGAGAGUGUAGGAUUUUUACCCUUUGUUGGUAAGGACCUAUUUUUCCUGUUCCUUCUGUGAUUCAUAGCAGAAACGUUGACUUUAACAUUGAUUACUCAGCAGUGCAGGCCGGUGGUGGGCGAAGUAUUCGUAACAGAUUAGGUUUUAAAUUGUUGUCCAGUGACUAAACAUGUUCACAUGAGGUGAGGUCAUGUGUCCUUACCCGACUUUGUCCUGUUAUUCAUUCAUGCUGCGAUAGCCUUAGAUCUCUGACCAAUAAAAACACAUGAAAUCUGAUUGCACCAGUUAAACCAGGAUUCAGAUUUGAAACCAGAUACGAUUAUAAAUUCCCUUUUUGAACCAAAAUGAAAAUUGGAAAACAUUUUGUUUUAUUUUUUGUUUUUCAUUGUACAUACUAGCAAGAUGUCCAUCAUUGAUUACAAAUAUGUACAUCAUUUUAUAUAUACAGUAUAAUCUAUCUAUCUAUCUAUCUAUUAGCCUAUGUGGGUGGGACUGGGGGUGAAAAAUUGGAUCAACAUAUUAAGAUAUCAUUCAUUCAUUCAUUCAUCUUCUACCGCUUAUCCGAACUACCUCGGGUCACGGGGAGCCUGUGCCUAUCUCAGGCGUCAUUGGGCAUCAAGGCAGGAUACACCCUGGACGGAGUGCCAACCCAUCGCAGGGCACACACACACACUCUCAUCCACUCACGCAAUCACACACUAGGGACAAUUUUCCAGAGAUGCCAAUCAACCUACCAUGCAUGUCUUUGGACCGGGGGAGGAAACCGGAGUACCCGGAGGAAACCCCCGAGGCACGGGGAGAACAUGCAAACUCCACACACACAAGGUGGAGGCGGGAAUCGAACCCCGACCCUGGAGGUGUGAGGCGAACGUGUUAACCACUAAGCCACCGUGCCCCCCUAUUAAGAUAUCAAUAUUUUUAUAUUGCAAUUCCUGGAAAAUCCUGAAUUAAAAUUUUAUUGGGCAGAAAUACAAGCCUUUUUUUUUUAAAUACAUUUAUUGUUUUUUUUGAACAUCUUUUUUUCCAGUAUCUGUUACCGAAGAUGACACUCUUAACCCCACUGGCUGUUACUGUCUGAGAAAUUAAUUGUACAUCACAUCGCUCUAUCAAAUAUUUAGUAGAUCAUUGUUUGACAUGGCAGUAGAAAAUGUUGAGUUGAUCUGAGAGUGUGGGCUUCCUGCACAUAUCCAGUUCCAGACUAGAUUAACGAGCCCUCGUUUAUUUCUCUAACACACGAUCCUGUUUCCGUAUGACUUCGGCUCAAACGUAAUGACAUCCUGUACUCCAGAGAUCUGAGUUGUAUAUACAAAAAUUGAAGGUAUAAUGAGCUAUUUCUGUAUAACGUUUUUUUUUUUGAUGUCAGAGAUUUAAGACAAGAAGAGUGUGAAUAUUAAAAAAAACAAUGCGUUCAGAUCAGGACAUGAUGAAGGUUUCAUUACAAGAGGAUUUUUUGCCAACUAACCAACUGACUAUUAAAAUUCACAAACAAUGGAGUGACCUGGGAUCUCACACACUAGAAAAAGAUAUAAAGCCUAAAACAUUGACAAAUAGCAAAUUAUCAGUAAUCUCAGAGAUGUUGAACUGAAUUUUUUUUUGUAUUUUUUUAUAUUUUUUUUUUUUAUUAAACCCAGCUUGUGCUGUUACAGUAUAUUAAUCCCAACUCCUGUCUUAGUGACCAGGACAGACCUCCUCUCACACUACUUACUGAUACUUCCAUCACAUGGUAUUAUUCAUUCAGCUACUGUAUCUUCCUGAAAGCUGAAAUCUAUCUUUCUAAAUCAAACCUGUUGCUUUCAAAUCACCUGACUAGCAAAAAGAGGCUGUAGUAGUUAAUAUAAAUCAAGUGAAAUAAGCUAGCUGGCUAGCAGGAUUGUAACUGGAGUAACUAGCACGAUUGGAAAUUGGAUUAGCUAAGAGGUAACUUCAUGGCUAGUUGUUUAGUACUGAUUUGUUCAGGUUUUUUAGUCUUUUUAAAGUCGGGGUGGAAUCUCAUCUUUAUUUUAUCAAUCAUAACAGUAGCAAAAUAUUAUGUAUAUAAUUCAACUUAUAUUUUGGUAAGAGGGACCACAUCGGCUAUUCAGCAAAGUAAGGACUGUGGUAAAUCAAGCAACAUUUGUCUAGAUGGUUUGAACAGCUGGAAGGAAAAAUUCUUUGUUGCUGAAAUUAAAUCAGAAGAGAGAGAUUUGCUAAUACGUAUUAUUUAAUGCGCAAACAAGAUCCAAGUCUCCAGCUUCAUCAGCGAAGAAAACAUUCAUUCCAGACAUUUUGAGACAACAUAGAGAUGUUUUUAUUUUCUGCUGUAUGUUUGCCUUAACUGUGAGACCCGGUGUCCUUGUACGAGACCAGACGUUCACACACUUCUGCAGUUCUACAGAUGCAGAGAAAAGCUGCACUGAUCAGUCGUAUACACACCAUCCAGAGAGACACGGUGUGCUUCAUGUUAACUGUUUCUGUUUGCAUCGCACAGGUUUUAACACUGAAAGCAAUGAAGCGGUGUAGAUUUUUUUUAACAUCUAGUCUUCAUGGACGUCUCCUCACUCUUCCUGACUCAUACUUCCAAUACAUUUUUCGACGGUAUGUCCGAUGAUUAGAACGAUAUACUUUAAAUAUUUUUUAGGAAUCUUACGCAAGCAAUACAGGGUAAUUUUAUUACUUAUUUCUCCAGAUUAGGUCUGGACAUGCUGGUGUUUUUUCUAUGUGUACCUAGUGAUUUAUGGUGGUUUUUACUGUUUAGAGAUGAGAGCUCUGAGCAUUUUGUACGUAGCCUUUACCGCAUUACGACAUCACAGGGUUUAUCAUGUGUUGCGUUAGAGGUCGCCCAUCUGUGUUCUUUUAAAGGGACUCGCGACGUAGACAGAUAUAUUUAUUGUGUGCUUCACCUAGACAUUUACACAUUGUCUAAUCCCCAACCUUUCAGUAGACAUCAGCUCUUUCUGUGUACCUACUCUAUGCAUAUCUAACUCUAAGGUAAAUCCCUGCCUUCCUGCAGUGCAGUGUAGGGUUGCACCAUGCUGCUCCUUCCUCUUACUGUCUCGCAUCUCAUCACAUCUCUCACCCCACUAACAUCAGAUGUUUAACCCAUCCUCACUUAUCACUCAUCCCCCAGUGGUUGUUUUUGUAAGGGCUAUCUUUUCCCUCAUGUGGAAAGCACUCUGGGCAAAAGUGGAAGUACGAGACGGAAGCUGUGGCUGAACCCUACGCCGCACCUUCCUCACGGCUGUGCGCUGUGAGAGCAGAGACAGCGCCCCCUACCGAUCCCUCCGACAAAGCGUCACUGCUGACUCUCCUGGACGCUGGCUCCCUCUCCUCUCACGCUUAGUCUUUUGUGAUCUGUGAAUAUAAUGAGCUCCAUUUUUAUUUCCCUCAUGAGUGUACUACUUGAACAAAUGUCCAGACUCAUCUCUUUCUCUUUAUUGAUGUACAGUAUCAGGAAGCAGAUAUUUUCUCUCAGGGAACCGUUUCUUUAACGCGUUCCUAAACAAAACAAAUAAAAAAAUUAAAAAAAAACAUUUUCUACACCGUUUGUUGCACAAACCUUUCGAGAAGCCUUCUGCACUGUGUAAAUGAUUACAUAGGAGAAGGGACAAGGGUGUGGGUGGGCUGUCCACUGGGCUCGAAUCAAGAUUUGUAAAUACCUUUUCAUACGGCAGAAGUUUUGAUAAUGUUUUGAACAUUUCUGUAAAAUGAUGUCUAUAUUAGUCUCCUGGAAGCAGAUGGAAGAGUGUAGACCAUAUCUGAAUUUAUUUGUACAGUGAAAGCACUGGAUUUCUUUACUACUUGAUUGUAACUAAAAAUUAAUCAGCCAAAGUGUUUUUUUUGUUUGUUUGUUUGUUUGUUUGUUUUUAUUUUCUUUUUAUUAUAAUUUAAUGAGUCUCUUAACAGUAAAUCAUUGCAGAAGUAGGCAUUGCUGGUGUAUUUAAUUCUAUAUAAUAGAUCAUGUGUUGAAAGACAGGAUUAUGAGUUUAAUUUAUUGGUGCCUUGUUGUGUAUAUUUUUCAAUACUGUUAUUUUCUCUUUUUAUUCCUUCCUCCUGUGUGUUGGGCUUUGUGGGGUGUAGGGUAUUUGGGGUUAACCUAGCAACACUGUACUUACAUGGGAUAUCUGUCCUGUAUGCCAAAAUGGUCUCACUUACGUUUCUAUGAAAAUCGAGCUGUUGAUAAAUAUCUCUAUAUAUUGAUAUAUUAAAUUGUUUUUAAAAACCAAA